AUGGCUUCAGAGCCCGACGUCUUCGAAAUCGUUCUCCCCAUCACUGUCCUUGUGCUGAGCGAUGAUGAUUUUCUCCAGGAUGAGGCUGAGGAGGAAGCAGCCUCAGUUCCCCAGCUGAAGGAGGAGGAUGAGCAGGGGGGUGACUUAAACAACAGUGAUUUCCUAAAAAGCAGCGUUGCACCGUCAGAUGUUGGUAAUAAUCCGGGCAUUUGGGAAGAAAACAAGACUGCUUCACAUGAGGAUAAUAGUACGAAAUACCCUGAAGAAGAAUGUGUUGCUGAGAGUGGGUGUGACAGAGCAAAAUCAUCUUUAAGUGACUGGUGUGAUGCAAACACAGAUAAAUACAGUCAAAAUUGUGUGUUGCCUACAUCGUCUUGCGCAACAGAGCUUACAGAGAUAAACGAAACCAGUGACAGCAAAGAAUGUGAUGGUGGUGAUGGCUUUCAGAAGAUUCCUCCUCUCCUCUCCUCUGCUGAUGCAGCUGACAUCAUCAAGACAAGCACGCAGUUGACAUUGGCAGUGAUACCCAAAAAUGAAGAGGAAGUUGUCAACAUUGCAAGUGUUCUUUCUGAUGGCACUCAAGAGAAACAACCAGAAAUCCACAAGGAGAUGGAGGCAGUUGUUGCAGUGGAAGAUCCUGAUUCUUCAAAGAAUGGAGACAAUGAAGCUAGUAACAGAAGAAGAAAGAGAAGCAAAUUUGAAGGUGAAACUCUGAGUUCUCUUUUGGAACAUGGCUUGAAAGAAGAACUAGAAUUUACUGACAAUUGUUCUGCUCCAUUUCUUAAUGGAUGUUCUUCUACUUCAGAAGAAUUGCUAAAAGAUGUAGGGAAGCUGGAGAUGAAUGCUUCCACUUCUGCUGAAUCAGAUACUACUGGAGAGCAUAUUUAUAAGACAUUAACAUCAUUUCCUAAAAAACGAUAUCAGCAACAAAAAGUUGUUUCUUCUCAUGCAAGCCCAGAAGAAUUGCAAAGCCAGCAAGAAGGUUUAGCAUGGCUCAGUAACAGUGUGACGAUCAAACCUCUUUCUAAAGCACCUUGUUCUAUAAAUAAGCAUGAAAGAUUGAAUUUGAAGUGCAGGUUUUGUAGUUCUGUGUAUAAAUGCAAUGCCCAUCUAAAGAAACAUGUUUAUUCAGCUCAUAAAGAUAAGAAAAUCCAUAAAUGCUGCUUUUGUAAAAGAACCUUUUUCUUUUCUGUCAACCUUAAAAAUCACCUUAAAUUUCAUAAAAAAAUGACUAAGUUGCAAAAGGCAAGAAAAAACAGAAUAAAUGCGAGAAAAGUUAGGCAGAGGAGAUCUAAGAAAAGAAAAUCUGAGACCAAGAAAAAAGCAAGUAAAUAUGAUAAAUUUUUCAUCAAAAUUGAAAGGGACUUUACACCUCUGGAUGUGCCAGUGAGUUUUUCCUGCAAAAUUUGUUUCUUUGCUUCAUCAAAUCCUAAGAUUUUUAUUCAUCACAUGAAGGGACAUAAAGAGAGACCACCUUAUCAGUGUCCUCAAUGUGAUUACUCCUGCGUUAGCUUAUCCUAUCUGUUAAAUCACAUGUACUGGCAUGCUGGGUAUAAGCUGUACCAGUGCAGGUUUUGCACCUUUUUUUCAUUGUAUUUUGCAAGCAUGGUAAGGCAUACGUACGUACACACAGGGGCUAAACCAUAUUCCUGUGAGUUCUGCCAGUCCUCCUUCACAAGCUCCACUGCCUUAAAGAGACACAGAAGAUUACAUGCAGGCAAAGAAACAUGCCAAGGGCAGCAACUCGACUUUGUAAAUGGCAGAGGGAGAAAUCAAAGACCUUUGAAGAAUUAUACGUGUGAUGAGUGUAACAUAGUGUUUUACACUACAGGACAUCUCAGCUUUCAUAAGAAAUUUCAUGAACAGUUGAAGGCUACUGCUAACGGUUAUACAAAUCAGAGCAACGAAUGUCAGAAAAGGAAAAUACGCAAAAUUGGCAGUGAUUCCCAGAACCCUGUUUCUCUGUCUUUUUCUGGUAAAGAAAAUGGUUGUCUCAAUGUGGGAAUGAUGACUUCAGAAGUAAACUUUGAGUGGGCAGGUGAUGUGCAGAGCAAUAAGAAAAUGUGCUUUCGAAAGAAAUUCCCUGAGAACGGCCAUGGAAGCAACAGCUUACCUGUUACUGAGAAUGGAUCAGAAGUUCCUCUGAAUUCAUACAAAACAGACACUGUCAUUUACAAAGGGGAACCUCUCUUCGACUCCAAGGCCUCUCACUCACAAGUAGAAGAUGAUGAUGCGCGUCAUAGAUUUGUGGAAAAAGUAAAGGACACGUGUCCUUCCAAUUUAUCUACAUCCAAAACGUACAAGUGCCAACACUGCAGUUAUGCUACUGUUGUUCAUAGCAACUUCAAGCUGCACCUGAAAAUACAUACAGAUGAAAGACCAUUUGUGUGUAAAGAAUGUAAUAAGACAUUUGAAACAUCAAACCAUUUGCAGAAACACAACCUUAUUCACGCACAGAAUGGAUACAAGUUUGGCCAUUGCCUCUGUGUAGACAGCAAUUUAGAGAAUCUUGAAUUGCAUCAUGAAAUGCAUGUAGGCUUGUGUCCAGAAAGAGAUUUUGAUUCCUCAGAAGGUUCAAACAGUGUCCAUUCCUUGCUUGGUUCGGAAGUCUGUGGAGUACAGCCAGAUGUCCAGAGGGACGAAGAAUAUGAUUUGUUAGCACAAAGUCAGCCACAAUUCUAUCAGUGUGCAGAGUGCGAGUACACUACUUAUCUUUUAAGCAACCUUAAAAUACAUGUAAGAAUUCACACAGGUGAGAAACCCUUUAGCUGCAGUGUUUGUCAGAAGAAGUUUCGUACUUCCAGUCACCUAAAAAGACACAGAAUCACACAUUUUAAUAUAUCACAUCUCAAGUGCAGGAAAUGUGAUUAUGCAACAAGCAAAUGGCUGUCCUUGAAACGGCAUCUGGCUUCACACUCUUGCGGGGAAAGCUCAUCUACUGACUUUCUUUACGAACAAAAGCAGAUACCUGUCAGAACGUACACGUGUGAGGAGUGUGGCUAUUUCACAACCCACAAUGGAAACCUGAAGCCUCACUUGAGAAUUCAUACAGGGGAGAAGCCGUUCAAGUGCAGUCAGUGCGCUGGUGCUUUCCGCACAUCCAGCCACCUGAAGCGUCACUUGCUGACUCAUUUAAAGUUGCGCUGCAGAAGGUGUAAGUUUUCCACAGUAGAUAAGCGUGCUUUCCAAAAGCAUGUGAAAACACACACCAAAAAGUACAAGUGUGGAAAGUGUAACGUGAUGCUGCCUACCAAAAAACUUUUGGAAAAGCAUAAGCGGCAACAUCAGCUUUGA